AUGCAGGAGGAGAUCGAUCAGUGGCGCGCUGAGAACCAGCCUCGCGCCCUGUCGAUCUGUGCGUGUAAAGUCAAAGCAGCAUUCAGACUGGUGAAGGACCUUGAUCCUAAGAAGGAGCGUCUUCUCUGGCAUCCUGACAAGUUCUCGCGCUGUGACGAAGGUAGCAGAGAGGCGUUCAAUAAUAUGGCGAAGGAGAUCUUCGUUGUUGUAGAUGCGAUGCGUAACGGGAGUAGAAUCAGAGGCACGAGCGCCUCGCCUAGGAAGAGGACGAUGCGCUUACGGGCGACGAGCACAGUCCAUCCUGUCUUGAAGGUGUUUUAUGGACAAUGCAGUCCAAGCCAACGGCCCUUGCUGUCAUACUUCAGCACUAUGGAAGGAAUCCCGACCAUGUAA